UAUGCUGGAGAAUGAGGCUGAUUUCCAUUGAUUAUGAUAGCCUUACAAAGUAUCUACACUCGCCGCCAAGAUCGUGGGAGCCACUGUUCUCGGCGGAGGGGAGUAACAUUUGAAUUAGUCAGUCAUGAACCUUCCACACGGCACACCUCCAGCCUCGUCCUACCGCGGUUCAUUACCAACCCUCCUCCGUAGCACUCGAUUGAAUAUGCUGCACGUAUUUGCCCCUUCCUCUUCCUCUCCCCGUGCCUUAGCAGCAUGCUUGGGGCGGUGACGUCUCGGGAACGCGGGAUGCUCUCUUCCGGGCCACACUUGCUUAACUUUGUGGAUAGUCGCCACGGAUCGACCGAGAGGUUUAGGUCCCUGAGGCGAACAGUACUAGUAUAUCAGUGUCGCAACAUGCUGGAGCGUGAAACGAAGUCACUUGGUGUAAGAAGAGAACUACUAUAAUCAUCAUCAUGGACCGUUCCGCAAAGCCCAUCUUCAACUUUGUCAACCUCUCGCAUCCCGAUGAGCUCAAAGAUGAGCAAACCCAGCUUCGCAUCCGCCGCCUGGCCAUGAGCGAAGUCGGCCGCGCACGACGCAAGCCAAAGACUAAACGCGGAAAGACCGAGAUCGUGCUCAAGUUCCGUGAACCAGCGGAAAGCUCUGCUUCAAUCGGCCAUUUAGGCGCAGGAGACGUCGACCCGUUUGCGCUGUAUCCCAUCGAUCUGGAUGAGAAGUCGCGUGCACUCGUGGCGUCCAUCUUUCGUGCAAACAGCGCGCAUUCUCGACAGCUGAGGGGUGCAUGGUGGCCCGUUGGGCUGAGCGGUGUUGCGACUUUCUACAAUGUCCUCGCGAAUGCGCGGCUGUUCCAGCUCAAGGAGUUGACGGGCGCAUUUGUGCAGAAGAGCGACUCGCUAAGCCUGUCUAUGCAGAGUCAUGCUAUUCGUGCGAUGAGGGAGCGGAUGCAGGAUGCGAAGCACCAUGCGAGCGAUGAGACGAUCGGGGCGGUGGGGUCUUUCAUGUGUCAUUAUUACGUGUUGGGCAACUUUGUAGGGUGGGAUCACCAUCGUGACGCCAUUGCGAGGAUGGUUGGGAUGAGAGGAGGUGUUGACAACAUCACCGAUGAGUCACUCCGCAUCACUAUCUCAUGGGCAGAUCUUGUUGGCUCUUUCUCUCAAGACAUCCCUUCCAUCGUGGCACUACCCGAGCGAUGGCAAGCCAGCUCCCGUUCUCCACCAGGAUCUCCUCGCCCGCUCAACAAUAUAUCAUUACAAUGGAAGCAACGCUUCCCAGCUCUCAUGGAUUGGGUCACCAUUUUCGAUGAUAUUGAUCAGCUCAUCAUGCUCGAUCGCGGCUUCACAGAGAAGGACAAGCAUCUUGCAGAAACAACAGGCUGUUGGAUGGAACCCACCAUGGUCCGACUUCUCGCCAUCAGGCCUCUGAAUAACGGUAGCGACGCUGGACAUGUCAUGGAGGAAGUUUGUCGGUUUGGGACAAUGCUUUUCCUGGCACCCAUCUGGCGUUGGCUGGGGGCAAGCCCCGUGUGGACUUUCACACUCACACGGAGUCUCAUUUCUGUACUUCACGGCUAUAUGAUCGACUGGGGCGAGCUCAAACCGCUGCUGGUGUGGACCGUCUAUUUCGCCGCACUCGAGACGCGCGACACGCAAGAGCGGAGUCAAUUCGCCUUCAUGCUUGCUGUCUUGAUGAGUGGAAUGAGAGUACGAGAAUGGGAUGAGCUGAUCCAGGUGGUCAAAAGUGUAUUAUGGGUGGAUCGCAUAUUUUCAAGCAGCGACGAGAGUAUCCGCGAUGAGGUAGUGAGCAUUCUACGCUUGCCAGGAACAGGAGACGUGACUCCGGUGCUGGAGGAGAUUGAGGGCGACGAGGCUUAGCCGCUUUAGAUAAGAG